UUUACAUGAUCUGUUGAAUCCCACCGUCUUUCUCUUUCUGAGUUAUCAGUUGCAGAGAACAACCAACCUGAGUACAGGGCUUUAGGGGUUUUUUAUUUUGGAGGGAAAACGCUGAUCAUUCUCUGAUGAAGAAAAGAUUUCUACUUUCUUUCAUUUUCAGGUAUCAAUGUGUGCAAUCUUAUAUAUUUAAAUUUUGAUUUUGCUUAGUAGUUUAUUUUGUAAAUGGCGAGAGGAACUGCUGGUACAUCUCUGUAUAGAAUCUAUUCAUUCAGAAGAAAUGCUAGGUUUUCUUUAUUGAAUCGUUCAUUCCAUUGUACAAGAGAGCAAGGAGAUUGCUCAAAUUCUCUUAAAGGUUCGAUUUUUAUUGAUAUACAUCGAAAUUUAAAAUUAGGGUUACAGAAUAAGAUUUUUAGGGAUUUUGAAGGUACCCAUUGGAAAUCAUACUCUACAGAGGUUAACGGAAAUGAUGUUAAUGGUAUUCUUCCUGAUUCAGCAGCGAUUGAUAGUUGUUCAGUAGCUUUACGUGAUCCGGUAAAAUUGUACGAAGAGCUUCGUGAUUCUGAACAGAAUGAAGGGAAGCUAACGACAUCUGAGUGGGAUGAUAUGGAUGAGAUUUUCAAUUGCUUUGUUAAAUCAGGAUGGGCGUCUAACCAAGCUCUUGCAAUUUACAUUGGAUUGUCAUUUUUCCCAACAGCUGUUCGAAAGUUUCAAACUUUUUUCAAGAAUAAAUGUACUGGUGAUGUUGCUAAGCAUCUUAUAUCAUUGGGUCCAUGUGAAGAGUCUGAGAGGUUUCUUUUCCCCAUUUUUGUCGAAUUCUGUUUAGAAGAGUUUCCGGAUGAGAUCAAAAGGUUUCGGGGAAUUCUUGAUUCUGCUGAUUUAACAAAGCCUCACACUUGGUUUCCAUUUGCUAGAGCGAUGAAACGGAAAAUCAUUUACCAUUGUGGGCCGACUAACAGCGGUAAAACUUAUAAUGCUUUGCAGAGGUUUAUGGAGGCCGAGAAAGGUAUUUAUUGUAGUCCUCUAAGACUCUUAGCCAUGGAAGUCUUUGACAAGGUGAAUGCCCUUGGAGUUUAUUGUAGUCUGCGCACUGGGCAGGAAAAGAAGCAUGUUCCAUUUUCAAAUCACGCUUCGUGUACUAUGGAGAUGGUUUCCACAGAGGAACUGUAUGAUGUGGCUGUUAUAGAUGAGAUACAGAUGUUGGCUGAUCCAUGUAGAGGUUAUGCGUGGACUCGAGCAUUACUUGGUGUAAUGGCUGAUGAGGUUCAUCUCUGUGGCGACCCAAGUGUUCUGAAAAUUGUUCGAAAAGUAUGUGCAGAAACUGGGGAUGAGUUGGUUGAAAAUCAUUAUGAAAGGUUCAAGCCUCUUGUGGUGGAAGGAAAAACCCUUCUAGGGGAUCUUCGGAAUGUUAAAUCAGGAGAUUGUGUCGUUGCAUUCUCAAGGAGAGAGAUAUUUGAGGUAAAAAUGGCGAUUGAGAAGUUUACGAAACAUCGGUGUUGCGUCAUUUAUGGUGCAUUGCCGCCAGAGACUAGGCGUCAGCAAGCUACUUUGUUCAAUGAUCAAGAUAAUGAGUAUGAUGUUCUGGUUGCAAGUGAUGCGGUGGGAAUGGGGUUGAACUUAAAUAUUAGAAGGGUUGUAUUCAAUAGUCUCUCAAAGUAUAAUGGUGACAAAGUUGUACCUGUUCCAGCAACACAGGUGAAGCAAAUUGCUGGAAGAGCUGGCAGAAGAGGAAGCCGAUAUCCAGAUGGACUCACAACUACCUUGCAUUUGGAUGAUUUGCAGUACCUAAUUGAGUGUUUAAAACAACCUUUUGAUGAAGUUAAGAAAGUGGGUCUGUUUCCUUUCUUCGAGCAGGUUGAGUUAUUUGCAGGGAAGCUCCCAGAUAUGACUUUCUGCCAGCUAUUGGAUAAGUUUGGUGAGAAUUGCCGUCUUGAUGGUUCUUACUUCUUGUGCCGGCAUGAUCAUAUCAAGAAGGUUGCGAACAUGUUGGAGAAAGUUCAAGGAUUAUCUCUUGAAGACCGUUUUAACUUUUGCUUCGCCCCAGUUAAUAUUAGAGAUCCAAAAGCAAUGCACCAUCUGUUGAGUUUUGCUUCAACAUAUAGCCAAAACCGUAAGGUUAGUAUAGCAAUGGGAAUGCCCAAGUGUUCUGCUCGAAAUGAUUCAGAGUUAUUAGACCUCGAGACCAGACAUCAAGUUUUGUCUAUGUAUCUAUGGCUGGCGUAUCAGUUCAAGCAGGAGAUGUUCCCUUAUGUGGAGAAGUAUUCUUCAAUGGCAGAGGAUAUUGCAGAUUUAUUGGGUCAGUCUCUCACCAAUGUUACCUGGAAACCUGAAUCAAGGAAUCCUCCCCCCAAAACCCAGAAGGAAGAUGGCUACCAAAGGCCAAUGUCCCUUAUCAAAGAACAGAAAAAGAAGCGGCAGGUGCACGUUUUGCAACAUAAUCCUUCAAACCGGGGUCUCUCAACCUAAGGGUUCAUGAAUCAAGGAAUCCUCUCCCAAAAACUCAGAAGGAAGAUGGCUACCAAUGUCCAAAGUUACUCCUGACGUUCUUCUGUGUGCCAAGGAAGAAGCAAGUGAAUGUUCUGCUGCCAAAUCCUUCAAAUCAUGGUAAUGCGUUACGAAGGUUCAGUUUAUCUUUUUCAGAUCUCGUUGCGGAUGUUAGAUUAAUGUAUCUUUCGUUUUCCUUUUAGAUAGUUGAUAACUUUUGAUACUAUUCCAAUUUUGCUAAUGGUUCCAUGUAUUUAUUCCCUUUCUAUUGUAUAUUUUUUUCGGUUGUUAGUUACAUCUUAUAUGCUUUAUAAAAGCGUAUUUUAAAAUAGCUUGUAAAGUAUGAUUCUUGAUGCUCUAUAUUAUGUAUAAUGCCUCCUCAAAAAAAAAAAAAAACCCUACCUGGGGUUUAGAGCGAUUUCAAGUACUCCCGUUCAUUCAAGCUUUGCAGGAGGAUCAGUCAGGUUCUAGAAGCAACUAGCAAUGAGCCAAGGGAUCCUUAUGGAUAAAAUGAUUCAAAUCUGUCAGAUAUUGCACAAGAUAACCGAAACUACCAUUGACAUCAAAUAAUAAUGGCUCUGCGUACGAAGUGGAUCAAUGAUACUGGAAAAAUCGGCGCCUAAUGAACAAGGUUCUAGAAGCAACUAGCGAUGAGCCAAGGGAUCCUUAUGGAUCAAACGAUUCCAAAUCUGUCAGAUAUUGCACAAGCUACCCGAAACUACAGCCGUGACAUCAAAUUAUAAUGACGUCAAUGAUACUGGAAAAAUUGGCGCCAAAUGAACAAGGUAACCACUGCUAACGCUCAAUUGGAGUCAAGGAUGUUGCAGCUGCAAGCACAAGCAGCUGAUGAAGCAGAAGGGAAUAUAGCUUUAAAAUCCCCAAACUGGACAAUAUAGCUCAAGCUACCCUCCAUCAUCCUGGAAGAUGAUGGUUGCAACGUGUGGUACGAUCAGCGAACAAACCAAAGGCUACUCAGUCUCACUUUGCAGCGACUCAAGGGUACUGUACGAACCCACCCAAACUUUCCAUUUUGAGACUGAGAUUAUGCAGAAAUCCGAUUAUCCUUCUAUUUUUUUAGACAGACAUCCAAAGUCCAACUUAUUGAUUAUUCGGGUAUUGGGAAUUUGUUAAUCAGCUCUCAACCAAUUGACAGCUUGCCUAUUCUGAGAGUACCCUUUCGGAUUAUUCCAACUGAAACCAAUAGAAAACGCAUAGAGACCUGAUUGUGGAUAGAUAGUGUUUUGUACCAGCAGCUCUAUUAUUAGUGCAUUUGCAGUUUUGCACAUGUAAUAAGUAUUUAUAAACUGCAGCUAGUAGGUGUGUUCAUUUUAUUAAUCUCUUUGACUUCCAAAGCGAAUAU